AUGAAACCUGGGAAAGUGGUGCUGGUCCUGGCUGGAAGUUUAUUCCAACGCAAAGCCGUCAUCGUGAAGAGCAUCGAUGACGGCACCUCAGACCGCCCUCACAGCCAUGCCCUGGUGGCUGACGGCACCUCAGACCGCCCUGACAGCCAUGCCCUGGUGGCUGGAAUUGACCGCUAUCCCCGAAAAGUGACAGCUGCCAUGGGCAAGAAGAAAACCAUCACCAAGAGGCCAAAGAUCAAGUCCUUCGUGAAAGUUUGUAACUACAGUCACCUCAUGGCUACCAGGUACUAUGUACAUAGCCCCUUGGACAAGACUGUUAUUAACAAGGAUGUCUUUAGAGACCCAGCCCUGAAAUGCAAGGCCAGGAGGGAGGCCAAGAUCAAGUUUGAGGAACAAUACAAGACAGGGAAGAACAAAUAGUUUUUCCAGAAGCUUCACUUUUAGGUAUAUUUUUGUUUCCAUCAUUAAAAAUUUAA